AUGGAGGCAGACCAACAAGACUCAGCAAGACCAUCAUUGCAUCUCGAUACUCUUCAACUACCGAAUUCUCAUGAGAUUGAAAUUAGCGACCGACAACGAAGAUCUUCCCCUGCUCUGUUCGAUCGAGACCGUGAAGGAUCGGAGUCCGAACGACAGACUUGGAAUAUCAAACAGCAUAUACCUUCAGCUAUGCGUGCUCCCGACCGAUCAAGACCACCGAACUUUCUACUGGAUGUUCGAUUUUAUUCAAUGAAGAAGACAGCUAUGACUUUGAUGUGCUUAUUGAUGAUCAUCAUGAGUAACAGUGUUCAACUCAAACAUGUACUCAAACAAGGUUCUUCACAUCCCUUCUAUGGCACUCAAGUUUCAUUAGGAAUUAUUUCGGUAUUGAUGUGCACCUCAAUAGGCUGUAUCCAAUUGUAUACAUUUCUCUUUACUUGGCAUGAUCAUCUCCUAUUGCCAUCCAGUUUUACGGCAAAUUUGACACGUUAUGAUCAACUUCUUAUCGUACUUCCAGCUAUUUUAACAAUUCUACUGUUCUUAUUUGAUGCAACAUUUCUUGCGAUUAUGUUUCAGUUUUAA